AUCCGUGCAGGUCAUGCAAUGCAGCCUUGGCGCUGCGGGAAAGCGCUUGUGAUAGCCCUCCUGUCUCUGGCUCGCAGUCUGGCUACUAGCAGGUCAAUCAGCCCCUUCCUCUUCUGUCUCGCCGUCGCUCCUUGCGCCAUGUCCUGGAGCCUCAACGUAGGUUUUCACCAGCUGCGUUCAGUCGCGCUCAGGCCUGCUAAGGAGGCCAUCAUCUCGUCCUCCCCGGCCACGCGAUCCAUGUGGACAGCAUGGAAAGCGAUGUACCACACGGAGGGGGAAAGGAAGCCUCUGUCACGAUCCGCCAGCGGAGCCUCAGAUAUUCGAUCGCCUCUGAGAGCCGAGAAGAAGAGGCGAGCUGCCUCCAUGAUGCCGCUCAACUGUCAGAAGCAGGAGGCCUCCAGCAAGCCUGCUGGGACAAAGCAAAACAGAGGGAUCGAAAGGGAGAGGGCGAAGCGACUGGCGACAGAUCUGGGGCUCGAUGGCAUCUUUCCCGUCCACAAGCCUCAAAACUUCACCUCCUACGAUGUUGUCGCCAAGAUCCGAUCAAUGAUUAGCAGGCACCUACGAAGCCUCCAGCCUGAACUUACAAGGAAAGGGGCGGAGAUCAAAGUCGGGCAUGGUGGGACGCUGGACCCCAUGGCUACCGGUGUGCUUGUAAUCGGUGUAGGAAGUGGCACACGAAAGAUGGACUUCUUCACCAAGGGAAGGAAGGCUUAUGAAGCGGUGAUGCAGAACAAAACAGUUGUUCGCCUGUGCUCCCCUAUCGGAGAAGUUCACCCCUGGGAAGAUUUGACCGAUGAGAAGCUGAUCAAGGUCCUAGACUCGUACAUUGGCGACAUCCUGCAGCGGCCCCCCAUGUACUCUGCCGUCAAGAUCCAGGGAGUGCGAGCGUACGAGUUGGCAAGGAAAGGGGUCGAGGUCGAGAUGAAGCCAAGGCCAGUCAGGGUCCACAGCAUCAAGCUGAUGCGUCCAUUUGCUGCACCGGAUUUCCACAUCUAUGUGGAUUGCGGAGGAGGAACGUACAUUCGCAGCCUCAUCUCCGACAUCGCUCUCGACCUUGGCACCGCUGCUCACAUGACGAAAUUGGUCCGCACGCAUCAGGCAAGACGAUCCAUUCCGUUGUCUCUCCAACCCCCCCCCCCCCCCCCCCCCCCCCCCAUCCGCCGCUCGUCCAUGUCCUGCCCUCCCCCUUCCCACUCACGUCCCCCGUCCCCCGUAUCCCUCCGUACUCCGCUUGACCGUCAGUCUGCGUUCCAGGGAAGGUUUCAGCUGGAGGACUGCUUGACGCUGGACGACAUGACGCCGGACAAGAUAGUCGCGAGCAUCACCAAGUCGAAUGAGCUGCUGUAG